CUGAGAAGUCAACUUAGUCUUUUUUCAUCCCGCCUCGCCUGUUACAACAAGAUGGCUGCCGGAUCACAAUUGAGGAAGCCUAUUACGUAAUAACUAGAUAGUACUUGUAGCAGGAUAGACAGUUAGGAAUCGACAAUGCGUAUGUCCGACUGGAAUAAGAUCAAAGAGAAGCAGAGCGACCUCCAUGAAGAGCUGGAGGCGGAAGACUUGGUCCAUCACCUAUACGAGUACCAUGUAUUCACUGAAGAUGACAAGGAACGAAUCAUGCAUGAAACAACACGCAAAGACAAAGCAAGGAGACUGCUAGACAUACUCCAGACCAAGGAACUGCAAGAAGAUGAUGUCUAUGCUGUCUUUCUGUCCCAGCUGAGGCGCACCCAACCUCAUUUGGCGGACAUGCUGAAAUCACCAGGAAGGUGGCACAAAGCGGCAGCAACGGAGUCAAGCAAAGGAAGACAAGUGGAUCACAUCCGAAACCUAGACAUAGACCAGCUUUGUGAGUUUCUGACCCCACUACUCAAGAAAAACAAUAUUACUGACGACGUCCUCACACAAAUGAAAGUGCAGAAAAUCACCGGCCGUGUAUUUCUCAAGUUGGAUAAAACGGAUAUGAAAGAGUUAUUCCCAGAAUUACCAUUUGGAGAAAGAAAGACCAUCAUCCUGGAAAGGGAUGAAUACAUUCAGUGUGGCAAGCCACAGACAGAAUCACAUGAAGAUGCCACGGAAGAGCAUAGUCUACGAGAAAGAGAAUAUGCAAGAAAGUUUGACACCAAAACAGGCUGCACAGAGAAGUACAAGAAAGGGAAGAUUCUUGAAAACCUACAGACACGUCCUGGCAACAAGAUCGACCCAACCCACCACUGUAUCGCACUUGUUGGUUUAGAUGUAGACUCUGCUCUUGAAACAGUUGGAUGGGAAACUAUGAAAUUUGCAUCAUCCUGUAUGAAUGAUCGAACAAAUGGGACUGUACACUUUGGAGUCUAUGAUGGAUCAGAUGACAGUCACUCACAUGGAGAAGUAUUGGGUGUAACACUGGAACGGAAGGAUUGUGAAGACACUAUUGCAGAAUCAAUACAGAAGUGCUUUCCUCCAGAUCAGCAUGAUGUUGCAUCUGCAUGCAUCCAUCCUGCGAAAUAUGUAGAUGUCAUUGACAACAAGGAAUGCUGUGGCUAUGUUCUUGAGAUUGAUAUUGAACCCAAAGCAUGUCUUGUUAAGGAUCAAGCGUAUUUCAUACAGGAUCAGUACAUGAAGCCACGCGAAAAAGGUUCAAGACAAAAACUGUUCAGGUUGAAAUUGGGUGCUCCUAGUGAAGAGGGUAUUGAUAUUGCACAGUUCAUGAAAAUAAAGUCAACACUUGAUGAACAAAGGAAAGAAGCUGAGGAAAAGUAUGCAGCAAAAACAGCACAAGGCAUGAAUUUGCUUCAACAACUCCGGAUGUUCCUCUGUGAUGGCGACACGCAGAUGGGCGAUAUAUAUCCUGUUCUUGUGAUCAGUCCACUUGACAAAAGCCUGUCACUAAAGGACAUACACAAUCGCUUUUCCUUCAUCGCUGACUUCGAGUGGAAGUGCAUCUUUGAUUUUGAUCCCACAGGACACAGCGGGGGUAUCUAUGAAUACCUUGAAAAAAAACAGAAAAUGGUUUUUAAGGUUAUGCUUACAGAUGAUUUUGACCAGAGUGAAAGGGAACAUCCUCAAACAAAAUCCAGAGAUGAAAAACUAAAUGAAGACAUGGAAUCAUCGCAUCUUAAACCGUGGAUUUUCUGCAAUGGCUAUGAGCCUAUGGAAAAACAAGAUCUUGGAGUUUUGGAAUGGAAGAGAAAGAGAAGUGAAGGAUUUAAAGAAGCAGUGAGAUACUUUUAUCAUUGUUUACCAAGGGACAGAGCUAUGAUAGUUUACCUUCUGGUGUCCAAAGAAUAUGAUGUUAUGCUCGAAGCAGCGGAAGAGAUAAACCAAAAAUUCCAAAAUCAGUGGAUGAUGCUGGCAGAGACGGAUUCUGUAGCUGCACACUGGAAGGAUCAGCUGUAUAUCAGACAGGUUGAGGACAAAACAUCUCUGAAGAAUUGAUGUGU